CGGGGCAGCGCCUGCGCGCUCUGGCGCCUGGGACGGGGACUGUGUGGUGCGCGCUCCCGAUGCUCAGCGCCGCCGCCGCUGCUACGUUGUGCCGUCUCUGUCUGUGUGUGCGGGGGGAGAUGGACCGCGGGCGCUCGCCCUAUUAACGCCUCAGUGUACCGUGCCUAGUGCUCCCACUGCCCCGAUCCCGAUCUAUAGUGACACCCCGGGGCCCUCCCUAACCCCUACCCCCACAGCCGUGCCCCGGUACCGCCGCUGGCGGCCGGGUGUCUGUACUCCCUCUCGCGUCCACACCCCACUCACACACGGCAUUGAUGGUAAUGUAUGCAAGGAAACAACCGAGACUCAGUGAUGGCUGUCACGACCGAAGGGAUUCCCAACCCUACCAGGCUCUUAAGUAUUCAUCAAAGGGUCACCCAAGCAGCGGUGAUCACCGUCAUGACAAGAUGCGUGACUCUACAGAUCCGUCUCCCCCAAAUAAAAUGCGAAGAUCAGACAGCCCUGAAAAAUAUGCUGACAGUGUUGGCCAUGGCAAGGCCAAAAGUAUGCACAUCCACAGGGUCCGUGAGAGGGACGGAGAUACAACUGUGGGUCCUAUUUGGGAGUUCCAGUGCUUUAUAACAAUUAUCUUUUCUCUGGACAUAUCUUUUGGGACCAGUUUUUCUCCGCAAGAAAAUUCACAUAACCACAGUUCUCUUCAUAGCUCAAAUUCACAUUCUUCUACUCCAAGCAAAACUUCUGAUUCUGCCUAUGAUCCAGCAGAUGAUUGGUCUGAGCAUAUUAGCUCUUCUGGCAAGAAGUACUAUUAUAACUGCAGAACAGAGGUAUCGCAGUGGGAGAAACCAAAAGAGUGGCUUGAGAGAGAACAACGCCAAAAAGAGUCAAGUAAAGUGGCGGUUAAUAGUUUCCCUAAAGACAGAGACUAUAGAAGAGAAGCAAUGCAAGCCACAGCUACAGUGGAUGAGAAACAUUCCAAUGACGCCAGCAGUAUGCUUCCACAGAACAUCUUGUCUCAGACAAGCCGGCACAAUGAUAGAGACUACAGACUCCCCAGAACAGAGACUCACAGUAGUGCGGCCCCUGUGCAGCACACAAUUAAGCCGGUGGUUCACCAGUCUGCUGCCGCAAGCACUGUUCCUUCUAGUACUCUUACAGUACAGCCUGAUCACCCUCCUCCAAAGAAGUCAUUUGACGCAAAUGGAGCAUCAGCUUUGUCAAAACUGCCUAUCCCCACAUCUUCCAUCCCAGCACAGAAAUCAGACAGAAAAGAAUCGUCCUCUACUGAUAAACCAUCCUGUACAACUCCCUCCACGUCAUCUGCUCCUGGACUAAUCCCCUCUUCUGCUCCUCCCUCUUCCUCCUCCUCAUCUACAGUCCCUGUGUCACCGGUGCCACAAUCACCUAUUCCUCCAAUACUGCAGGACCCCAAUCUCCUGCGACAGCUGCUUCCUGCCUUGCAAGCCACUCUGCAGAUAAACAAUUCUAAUGUGGAUAUCUCCAAAAUUAAUGAAGUUCUUACAGCUGCUGUGACACAAGCUUCUUUACAGUCUAUUCUUCACAAGAUCAUUACCGCUGGGCCCUCUGCUUUCAACAUUACUUCUUUAAUCUCCCAAGUUGCUCAGCUGUCUGCACAAGCAACACAGUCUAAUCAAUCGCCUAUGUCUUUGACAUCGGACGCCUCAUCCCCAAGAUCAUAUGUAUCUCCCCGGAUCAGCACACCACAGACUAACACCGUUCCUCACAAACCCUUGAUAAACGCAACACCCAUAACUUCCCAGCCAAAGGCCAAUACCAUAGUUGGUGCUAAGCAAGGACCGUCUACGCAGUCCGUACCUCAGCAGAACGUGACUGCUGACAAACCCCAAGGACAUGAACCCGCUUCCCCUCGACACCUUCAGCGACAAAGUAGUCAGAGAAGCCCGUCUCCUGCUCCAAAUCAUACCUCUAACACUUGUGCAUCAAGCGCAACGUCUGUACCACAGAGCGCCCGAUCCUCUUCAUGUUCACUGACGCCAACACUAGCUGCCUACUUCAAUGAGAACCUUAUAAAGCAUGUUCAAGGUUGGCCUGCAGAUCAUGCUGAAAAACAGGCAUCAAGGUUACGUGAAGAAGCCCACAACAUGGGGAGCAUUCACAUGUCAGAAAUUUGUACAGAAUUGAAAAAUUUAAGGUCUUUAGUUCGAGUAUGUGAAAUUCAAGCAACUUUGCGCGAGCAGAGGAUACUGUUUUUGAGACAGCAAAUUAAAGAACUUGAAAAACUUAAAAACCAGAAUUCCUUCAUGGUGUGAAGUCAUCUUGCACGUGGACAUAGGACUGUAUAAUGGAGAGAGGGCCCAGUCUCGACAUUUUUGAGCUGCGUAUGUGUAGACUUUGGACCGUUGAGCUUGGGCAGUGGACACUUCAGGGGAGCGGGACUGGAGGGCGUGGAUUCAGGGGGACAAUACAAAAGUGAUUUGUAAAACCCUUGAAAUGUAGAUUUCUUGUAGAUGUAUCCUUCACGUUGUAAAUAUGUUUUGUAGAUUGAAGCCAUGGGAUGCCCAUGUGUAUCAGAGCUUUGACAUCCAAAACUAAUCAAUGCUGAGGUGGUUUAAAAAAAAUAAAAUAAAACCUAGCCUUUUUCAUGUAAGCUUGUCUGCAAAUCUACCCGUUUUCUGUUAAUUUAUCAUCCAGAAAUCUUGCUUUUCCAGAAAUUAGAUACCAGCACCAAGCAAAUGUAUCCGUGUCUGAAAUUAUCUCCAACCUUUUUGGGCAGUGUACAAAAGACAUUUGUGCUAGACGUCAUCCUCUCACCCCAGCCUUGUUUAAAAGCAGUGCUUCAUAGUUAUUUUUGCUAAGAAAUAUUUUCCUGGAAGUGUUCCUCCCAACUAUUAGACUUUAAUAUUAUUUUUCCAUGCAUUGAAUUUUCUCCUUUAUGGCACUGUUGCUAUGGCACUUUCUUUUUUUUCUAUAUAUUUUUUUCAUUCCUGUGUACAGUAGCUUAACAUUGCAGUGAUUGAUCGAAAACCCACUUGUUUGUAUAAAUUAUUGAAGUAUUUCCACAUGCAGCCUGUGAUAAAGAUGCGUGUCGUGCUACAAGCACAUUACUUGCUCAGCCAUGACAUAGAGAGAGAAAAAAAAUAAAAAUUUUAAAAUGUUUUGCCCAUUUAAAAAUAUACUUCAAAUGGUUGUGUGGGGAACAGAGGAAAACAAGCUAGUCAGAUGUGAAUUGUAUCUGUUGUAAUAAACCUGUUUAAAGAGA